UUCCUCCUAUAAUUCUCAUUGCAGGAAUUGAUAACUCUGAACCCAGAUCAAGACUCCAGCCUUUGAGAUAAAAAUGAUUGUUUCAUGAGCACUGACAUUUUGGCAGAUUGAGAAGUAAAGAAGAGAAGGCUGUCUGAAUCACUGUCAGUUUGUUUGCACCAUCUAGUCAGUAUAAAGCCUAGUUUAUGAAGAGGAGUGGAGAGGAGGAGUAGACUUUAGUUAGGAGCAAGUUAGAGUUAAAAUUACUGGUACACAACCCAAGUGCCCUCCCAGAUUUCUGUCAGUUUUCUUCUGUUUACACACCUGAUUGGACAGUUGAUUUUUAGGAAGCCACCCCUCUUCAAUAAAUAGUGUUCGCAAGUGGUCUGCCUGGGAAUUUCUUUAUAUAUGGUUUGUGUCUGUGUAAAUCUUUGAUUUAGAUUGGUAUAUAAAAGGUGUUUUUUUUAAAGUAUGUCCUUGGAUUUUGGGGAAAAGGAAGGAGUUUUAUUUGUACCUGUAUAUUUGGAUUACCAGAGAUUAAAUAGUAUAGUACGGGCUUGUCUGAGGUGGAUUGAAGAGUUAUUGCCCGUGUAAAGGACUGAAAGGGAUUUUUCCAACCUGCAGAACUUUCACUUUUGUUUAUGCACUGAAUUUUCCACUAGGAUUUAAAGUCUGUACUAGAAAAUAACCAACAGAAUAAAAUAAGUCAUGAAGAGAUGGGCUGAGGGAGAAAUAUUGAGGGGAAGAUGGAGAGAAAAAAGGAUAGACCGAAAACUACAAGGCUCUGCUCUCCUUUGUGGUGCCGCCCUCUCUUUUCCUGUCCCUCCCACCUUCCCUCUCUCACUCUUUCCUGCUAGGGAAGGGUUGAAAGGCAGCAAGCCAAGGCCAGAGACAGAGUGAGCAAGGCAGACAGACGCUUUGAAACUCCUCCACUACAGAGAGAAGUAGCAGCUACAGCAAGCUUCCACAAACUCUCUUAUCUCCACAAGAGCUUUGCUCUGCAACACUUCCCUUUAUCAGCUUUACUGCUCUAGUCUUCGUAAUCCCCCUCAAGGCCAGCGAUGGAGAGUCCGGCUCAGAAACGAACCAGCCGUGGUGGGGCGUCCAACACGUUUUCGCCCACGCGUAUGACUCGCCUGCAGGAGAAAGAGGACCUGAGCAACCUGAACGAUCGUCUAGCUGUGUACAUCGAUAAGGUGCGCUCCCUGGAGGUUGAGAAUGCCGGCCUGCGACUGCGUAUCACAGAGUCUGAGACUGAGAUCAGCCGGGAGCUGGGUGGCUUGAAGGCAGCGUACGAGAAUGAGCUGGCUGAUGCUCGUAAAACUCUCGACUCGGUGGCCAAGGAGAGAGCCAGGUUGCAGCUAGAGCUCAGCAAGAUCCGCGAGGACUACAAAGAGCUCAAAGCCAGGAACAGUAAGAAAGAGGCUGAUCUGGAGUCAGCUCUAGCCAGGCUAAAGGAUCUGGAAGCUCUCCUGAACUCCAAGGAUGCUUCUCUUACCACAGCCCUGGGAGAAAAGAGGUCUCUGGAGAGUGAAGUCAGGGAUUUGAAGGCUCAGUUGGCUAAGUUGGAAGGUAGUCUGAAUGAUGCUAAGAAGCAGCUGCAGGAUGAGAUGCUGAGGAGGGUGGAUGCAGAGAACCGCAUCCAGACUCUGAAAGAGGAGCUGGAGUUCCAGAAGAACAUCUAUGCUGAGGAGCUGCGCGAGUCAAAGCGUAGGCAUGAGUCACGUGUGGUGGAGAUUGACGGUGGUAGACAGAUGGAUUUCGAGAGCAAGCUGGCUGAGGCUCUGGCUGAACUCCGUGGACAGCAUGAGGAGCAGCUCCGCAUCUACAAGGAGGAGAUCGAGAAGACCUACAGUACCAGGCUGGAGAAUGCGCGCCAGUCCGCGGAUAGAAACAGUCACCUGGUCGGAGCAAGUCAGGAGGAGCUGCAGCAGACACGUGUGAGGCUGGAGAGCAUGUCUUCUCAGCUAUCCCAGCUCCAGAAACAGCUGAUUGCGCGGGAGGCUAAGGUGCGUGAGCUGGAGGAGGCUCUGUCUCGCGAGAGAGAUCUUAUGCGCCGACGGUUGGAGGAGAAGGAGAAGGAAAUGGCGGACUUGCACCAGCGCAUGCAGCAGCAGCUGGACGAAUACCAGGGGCUGCUGGACAUCAAGCUGGCCCUGGACAUGGAGAUCAGUGCUUACCGGAAAAUGCUGGAAGGAGAAGAGGAGAGACUGCGUCUCUCUCCCAGUCCUCCUCCUGGUCGUGUGAUAUCAGUCACUCGUACCUCAGGCUCUGGCACACACACUCAGACCCGCUUGGCUCAGAGCAGCAGCACUCGCACUUCAUCUGGUAGCACUAAGAAACGGCGUCUCAAUGACACGGACAGUGAGGCCUCCAGCGUGACUGGUGGGACAGUGACACGUACUCGCAUUUCCCAGCAGGCCUCAGCCAGUGGCCGGAUCACUGUGGACGAGGUGGACCUGGAGGGCAAAUAUGUUCGUCUCAGCAACAAAUCUGACCAGGACCAGUCUCUGGGCCACUGGCAGGUGAAGAGGCAGGUGGGCUCCGGUACUCCCAUCAUCUACAAGUUCCCACCUAAAUUCACCCUCAAAGCGGGACAGACUGUUACAAUCUGGGCUGCAGGAGUCGGUGGGACCCACAAUCCUCCCUCCGACUUGGUGUGGAAGAGUCAGAACUCCUGGGGAAGUGGAGAUCUCUUCCAGACUACUCUGAUUAGCUCCACUGGAGAGGAGAUGGCAAUGCGGAAAGUGACACGCACACUGUUCCAGGAAGAAGAUGAUGAGGAAAUGGCCGCUCACAGUACAUGUGGAGAUGGAGAGUAUAACCUGCGUAGCCGCACGGUGAUCUGUGGCUCAUGUGGACAACCGUCAGACAGGAAUGCUGGCAGCUGUGUCUCGGCGAGCUCUGGAGUCUCCAGCGCCUCUCGCUCUUUCACCAGUGGAGGAGGAGGACUCCCUGAGGGCCUGGUCUCCCACUCCCAUUUUAUUAUGGGCAACGACAAACCCAGACAGGGAGGUCCUAAACCGGAAAACUGCUCCAUCAUGUAGACCCAGGAACAACCAUAAUGUCUACCCAGUUCAGAAAGAUCAGUUAUUUGUGCAAACUGGGAGACUCAAUUUCUUUUUCUAACUUGGUCAUCUAUAUAUUUUUUUAUUUUUCAUACUUUAUAUACUUGAUUCUUAUUUUGUAUGUAAUAAUCUGCAGGGUAGAUGAAAAGCUUUUGUCUGGCAGACUGUUUGCAUGCCGCUUGGGUUGCUAUAUAGGGUUUGUGUAUAUAGUACUGUAUACUCGUCUUUGCAUGUGAGCUAGGUAGCUGCUUUCCUAUAGAGAUGUUCAGGGAGAGAGGUAGGCACAUCCCUUCACACUUAUCCAAAGAACAGGAUCCGUCUUCAGCUGUCUUAUAAAAUGCUGUCACAACACAACACGCACAUCUUAGUACUCCUGUCAGCAAGUUUACUUCCAUAGGGUCAGGAGUGUCUUUGACUGUACUGUACUGUAAAGCUAUUCUUUGCAUAUAUUUUUUUUUCAACUUUUAGCAAAUGAUUUCAUAAUUCAGAUAUCCUAGGAAAAGUAUUAAACACUAAGUCAUGUUGGAAAUCAAAUUUGUGAAUGCAGGAAGCACAGUCUUAAAGGGAAGAUUAACAGGACCAUGUCACUUUAUUUAAGAAUCUAUUUUGUGCCUUUACAUGAAUGUAGUGUUUGUGUCUCAGUAGCACCGUGUGCCAGUGUUCCUAUUCUCAGCCUCUUACAAAAGGCAAUGGGUAGUGUUGGAAUCAGAGACAAAUAUAUGAUAACUGUUAGUUCCUUUUCUAAGUUGUCAUACUAAACAUAACACGUGCAUACUUUAUAUGAGCUUUUGAGUAUUGAACGUCUAUGCAAUUGUUUGUUGAUAGCAAUUGUAGAUAAUACAUUUAGGUACAAGGUAGCGAAGAAUAUAAUACAAUUUGAAAUUAUUUUCUAAGAUGUAACAUUUAUUGUUUGUAACCUAAGAAGACAUGGAGCACAAGAAUGUGUGUAAGUAAUUGGUACAAGUCACUUUGUGUACAUUAGAGAGCUGAAUUUUGCAUUGAAAGCCAACGCAUAGGGGAUUUAAAACAAGACAAGUCCUGCCCUAGUUUGAUAUUUCGUAUCUUCAUGAGGACAGUUAAAUUUUUAAUUGAAUUGAAAUGUAUAAAAAGUCUUUAUGGGUGUAGAAUAUUUUGUAUCCUCAGGCUGGACAGCUGAAAGUGUUGACUUUGUUGUUGUUGUCACUCCUCUCUCGAAGCAGCUAUUACUUAAAUGACAGGUGUCCACUCCUCCGCCUCCAAGUAGCCCUCACUUAUCAGAUUUGGUCUUUGGUCAUGGAAAACAAUCCUAACUUGCAUGUAAGCUGACACACACGAAGCUGUAUGAAUUCAUGGAGACCUGCAUAUGCCGUGUGUGUUCAUUUGGAGAGCUGCAAGGGACAUGACUCUAUUCUAAGAUAGCCCAAGAACUUGUCUGUAUCUCAGAAGGUGGUGGACUGGACAUCACUAGCUUACAUAAAUAGCGGAAUUUCCCUCCUCAUGUUAUUGUGCUCAAGUGCUAGUGCUAGAAUGCUGUGGGUUUUGGUCAGGCAGUGCAGCAGUUUCAUUUUUUUCUUUCUUUUCUUUUUUUUCACUUUUACAAAUGGAAUUGAGACCAAUUGAAAUUUCUACUGUUGAAAUUACAAAUAUAUAUAUUUACUGAUAGUUGAAUAAUUAAUGCAUGACCAACAAUCAUUAAUGUUAAUAUGUAUUUAAAAUAUAUGGGGUGGGGUGUGGCAAUUUAAAAAAUAAUCUUCAUGGUAAGAAAAAACUUCCCCCAUUCUCCCACCAUCAUGACCUUGAAAAUAUAGUAUUCUGUAAUUGGCAACAACUGUUGUUUUUUCUUUUUCAACUUUUCUGCUUUGUGACUUUUUGAUUAAUCAUUCUGUUCUACACAUUAGUUGAUUACUGAUGUAGAAUGUGUACACAAACAGUGCCUUGAAUUCUUUCAUUAAAAAAAAUAAUACUAUUUCG